AUGGCGGGCAAAGGCCGCGAGAUGGCCAAACGCCACUUAUCCAAAUGUCCGGUUGUAUGCUUCGUAAGCCAGAGAGCGCCAACGCCCAGCCAUGCGAACGAUCUCAGAGUCUACUUUCUGGGCCAGGUCGAAAGAAGCGUCACCAAUGCUGAAGGAAUGUCCGAAGGUAGUACCCCAACCAUGAGUGACCAGAAUGCCAUUGAUCCGUGCGAGUGUGCGGCAAGCACCAUUGAUCAUAUCUGCGCGCGAGAAUCUCGCCAGAAGAAUAAAGGGUCAGAUGCUAGUGCAAGGAUAGCUCGAACAAGGUUGUGCAAUGCGCUGAGUCUAGGCGUGCAUAGGCUUGACCAAGUAAAUCAGUCCCGAAGGGUGGGUGCAGCAGGCCAUUUCCUGGACACAAGUGUCGAAGGGUUCAUUGAGGCAGAAAGUGCUUUUCAGGAGAGUGAGCAUGAUGAGGGUGAUUGGAUGGACUUGCAACGGGUGGUGUGUACGUUCUACAUGAUGCGUUCGUGGUCAUCCAUGGGACAAUGGCAAGGGCCAGCUCUGUGCCAAGCUCAGACAGCGGCCAGGUAUUUCCUGACAACGGAGACUGAGACAGGCUCAAAGGGCUGUAACGUGGCCCAGGCCCGAUCCAUAGGACACAUUAUCGUGAAGGGGCACCGGAGAGGCACGGGCAGCAGUGCCAGCGAGUACAGUCGUCUAGCGUCCCGACAGGCCACUGGGUUAUUCGUGCGAGGCGUGCCAUCAUCACAAUGGGAUUAA